GAAAGUUAUAUCAAGAUGGAAAAUUGGGAAGAAGGACUGGAGCCAGUGAGCCCUACUGGCCACUUUUUCAACAACUCUGUUUUAUCAAUAUCAAUUCUUGCUGUUUUGGAAUAUGAGAUUCCAAUUGAUGACUCACAAUUUCUGUCAUUGCUCGAGAACGUGUUCCUUCCUAUCAACCCACGCUUCUCCUCUAUCAUGAUUGAAAAAGAUGGAAAGAAACAAUGGAAAAGGGUUGAGGUGAAGCUUGAAGACCAUGUUAAAACUCCAAUCUUCCCUUCCAACUUGUCGAAUGAAUCAUAUGACGAGUAUUUUGACGACUAUUUGUCAAACGUAGCAACAAAAAGAUUUCCACAAGAUAAACCACUGUGGGAAAUUCAUGUUAUAAAGUACCCAACUAGCAAUGCAGCUGGUAAUGUAGUAUUUAAGUUGCACCAUGCGUUAGGUGAUGGCUACUCACUCAUGGGCGCUCUUCUCUCUUGUCUACAAAGGGCUGACAAUCCUUCUCUUCCCCUAACUUUUCCUUCACGGAAGCCAUCGAAACCGAAGAAUGAAAAUGUUAUGACCAAAACUUUCUCAUCCUUGUUGAACACCAUAUCCGAUAUUUGGUGGGGCAUUUCAAAGAGCAUCACUGGGGAAGAUGAUCGAUCACCAAUAAAAUCCUCAAACAAUGAACUUGAGUUCACUCCAAUUACAGUAUCAACUAUGACGAUCUCUCUUGAUCACAUCAAAUUAAUUAAGAGCAGGCUUGAAGUGACGAUAAAUGACGUUCUUACUGGGAUGGUCUUUCUUGGCUCCCGGCUAUAUAUGCAAGAGAUGAACCAAACCUCAAGGGAAGUGCAUAGCACAUCAUUGGUUUUACUAAAUACAAGGAUCAUGGCGAAUUAUACGUCGAUUGAAGAAAUGGUCAAACCCGAUAGCAAGAGUCCAUGGGGAAACCAUUUUACAUUUUUGCAUGUUCCCAUUCCCAAGUUGACUGAAUUCUCAAAUGUGCUUGACUUCGUCUGGAAGACACAUAAAAUAAUCAAGCAGAAAAGAAAUUCUUCAGCUAUUUAUUUCACUAGUGGGCUAUUGAGGAUGCUGAACAAGUUUGGAGGCCACGAGGCAGCAUCAAGAUACGUCCGUACCACAUUAAAGAACUCGAGCGUGGUGAUCACAAGUAUGAUUGGCCCGGUGGAAAAAAUGUCCUUGGCAAACCAACCAAUCAAAGGGUUGUACUUUUUGGUAGUUGGGACACCUGAGGAACUUGACAUAUCAAUCGUAAGUUAUAUGGGAAAGGUGAAGCUUGCCUUCACAGUGAAAAAAGGCAUCAUAGAUCCACAAAAGUUGAAGUUGUGUAUGGAAAACGCCCUCAAUAUGAUAUCCAACGCCGCAGACAAAAAUUCUAUGCAAAAUAGGGCUGAAGAACAGUCACACAUUUGAAACUCUACCAAAACCGUAGAUCUAAAAAAUUCAUCGUCGGCCGGACUCUUGCUCUAGCUUAAGGCUGGUGGCAGCCUUCUCCUCCUUCCCCUCACCUCCUCUUUCUUGUUCUUAUGGCUCGCUCAAAUUUGUUUCGUUUUAGUAUUUCGUCAAUAAGUGCCUCCAUAGUGAGGUUACUUGUGAGUCUCUCCUAGUGAGUAUCUUAGUUUUAAGAUGAUGUGUUCUCGGCCCCUCUUGGGUCUACUACGCAUUUUUGGUAGCUUCGCUAAUGGUGUUGAGCAUAAAAUUCAAGCUAGUAUGGACACCAGUUGGUUUGUUGUCAAUUCCUUUUCAGAGUUGACGUUGCUUGUUGUCAAAGAGUGUGCUCGUUAUAUUGCAGUUUGGGCAAAACCACACAAACA